GUAGCAUAUAUCUUAAGAUGGGUAAUCUGUCACAGAACAACUGACCCCCUGAACUCGCUGCCCGCCCAUGUCUACGGAGCCAUAGCACCUGGGACCAGGACGCUUUACCACGACCAUCUUCUGUGAGGGGUUUGAGAUCGCCAGGACUCAUCUGCCAGUUUGAACCUUUUGUCACUACCUGUCAGGUGGCCACCACUGCGGAGGAGAUGGUGGAUUUCCCAGUCACCCUGGACUCCCCCCAGCGAGUGCCUCUGCCCAGCCGUCUCUUCUUCCUCACCCACCUCCUCCUCCUCUUCCAGCCUGGGAGGCUGAACCCAGAGGAGGUCAAGGUGGUCGGCCCCGGGGAGUCCAUCCUGGCGCACGUCGGGGAGGAUGUGGAGUUCCCGUGCCACCUGUCGCCGUACCAGGACGCCGAGCACAUGGAGAUCCUCUGGUUCCGCAGCCGGGCCUCCGAGGUGGUGCACCUGUACCAGGAGGGCCAGGAGCCGCACGGCCGGCAGCUAGCGCAGUUCCAGAACAGGACCCAGCUCAUCACCCACGACAUCGCAGAGGGCAGCGUGAUCCUGCACCUUCACAGCGUCAUCCCGGAGGACGAGGGGGCCUACGGGUGCCGCUUCCUCUCGGGCCGCUUCUCUGGGGAAGCUGUGUGGGAGCUGGAGGUGGCAGGGCUGGGUGAGGACCCUCACAUGUCUCUUGAGGGCUUCAAGGAAGGAGGCAUUCAGCUGAGGUGUAGCUCCAGUGGCUGGUACCCCAAGCCCAAGGCUCAGUGGAGAAACCAUCAAGGACAGUGCCUGCCUCCAGAGACAGAAGCCAUCAUCCCAGACACCAGGGGCUUGUUCAGUCUGGAAACUUCUGUGGUCAUCAAAAGGGGAUCCCACAGCAAUGUGUCCUGCUCCAUCCAGAACCCCCUCCUGGUCCAGAAGAAAGAGUUCGUGAUCCAGAUCGCAGAUGUAUUUUUACCAGAAACGUCCCCCUGGAAGAGAGCUUUCCUGGGCAUGCUGGUGGGCCUGCCGUUCCUUCUGGCUCUCCUCACCACACUGCUGCUGUACUUCUUUCAGAAGCAACGGAAAUCCCAAGAAAAGUUGAAGAAGCAGACAGAGAAGGACAAAGAGAAACUCACAGCACAGCUAGGGAAGCUUCAGACAGAGCUUGACUGGAGAAGGACUGAAGGCCAGGCUGAGUGGAGAGCAGCCCAGAAAUAUGCAGUGGAAGUGACCCUGGAUCCGGCCUCUGCGCACCCCAGUCUGGAGGUCUCCGGGGACGGCAAGAGCGUGUUCUCCCGCGCGGAGGUCCCGGGUCCCGCGGCUGCUGGCCCGCAGCAGUUCUCGGAGCAGACGUGCGUGCUGAGCCGCGAGCGCUUCUCCCAGGGCUGCCACUACUGGGAGGUGCACGUGGGCCGCCGCAGCCGCUGGUUCCUGGGCGCCUGCCUGGCGGAGGUGCCGCGCGCCGGGCCCGCCCGCCUGAGCCCCGCCAGCGGCUACUGGGUGCUGGGGCUGUGGAACCACUGCGAGUACUUCGUCCUGGACCCGCACCGCGUGGCGCUCUCCCUGCGCGUGCCGCCCCGGCGCGUGGGCAUCUUCCUGGACUGUGACCGGGGGAAGCUGUCCUUCUUUAACGGGAACGACGGCUCCCACAUCUUCACCUUCACCGACACCUUCUCGGGGUCGCUCUGCGCCUAUUUCAGGCCCAGAGCCCACGAUGGCGGCAAAGACCAGGAUCCGCUCACCAUCUGCCGGCCGCAGGUCAGGGCGCAAGUGUCUGAAGAGAACGACAAUGACUUCUUGCUACAGCCCUAUGAGGCCGCGGACCGCACCCUGGGCCUGCCGUGAGGGGCUGUCUGUGGCCGCGGGACCGGUCCUGGGCGGCUUCUGGGGCCUGCAAUUUCCUCUGGUGCGCAAACGCCCAACAUGGGUGCGCCAGAAUGUCAGCAAUGGCUAACGUCUCAGCACAGCAUAAGGGGGACAAAAAGAGGGACUUUGCCCGUGUAGAUCUGCACAUGUAUAUGUGUGGUUUCUUUUUAAGAGGCACUGUCAAAGUUCAACUGUAUGUAUUGUAAAAUUGAGCAAAUGAGUAAAAAUAUAUUGAAGUUGCCUGGAGCCUGGAGGAAAAAAGAGGAGAAAGAGAUUGGAGUGAGGAAAGGACAGUGAGGAGAAACUUUGUUGGGUUGGAUUAAAGUUAUCAUGCCUUGCAUAUAUUUUUGCAUAUGUAUUUUGUAGGAAUGUCUAAAAGGAAUGUGACCUCAAAAGCAAUAAACUCACCAUAAUUGCAUU